UGUUUGGCAUAGGAAAAAUUACCCACGAGAAGCCAAAAAUUUGUCGGGAAGACUUCCUUCCAAGUUCCAAGUCUUCUGUGUAUAUAUAGGCCUCCAUCUCCAUCUCCUUCCCCUCAAUACAAAACAUAACUUUUUUCAGAAGAUGUUCAGCCCCAAGAAGCUCAUCAAGAUGGCUUCGAUCGGGAGGAAGAGAAUCCCGUCAACGUCUCAUUCUCCACUGGUCGCUGAGAAGGGUCACUUUGCUGUGUACACGGUAGACCACGGCUGCUUCGUGAUCCCCCUAUCAUAUCUCCAUAACCAAAUUUUCCAGGAGCUCUUUAGGAUGUCCGAGGAGGAGUUCGGGCUCUCGAGCAAGGGCCCCAUCACUCUGCCCUGCGAUGCGGCCUUUAUGGGGUAUGUGGUUUCGCUCAUACAGGGAGGGGUGGGUGAAGAAUUGGAGUUUGGGCUCUCGAGCAAGGGCCCCAUCACUCUGCCCUGCGAUGCGGCCUUUAUGGGGUAUGUGGUUUCGCUCAUACAGGGAGGGGUGGGUGAAGAAUUGGAGAAGGCUCUGCUCAGUUCGGUUUCUUCCACUCGCUGCGUAGGCUCGAGUCGAGAGUUUGUGGGCCCAAACAUGCUUGUUUGCGGCCAGUGAGUAGAAGAAACCGGAUGUGUACAUAAGGAUGGAUUGCUGGACUCGUUUGAUUUAGAAUCGAUUGAGACAUGUGAAACCUUGUUUAAUGGGGAAAAUGACUAAGGCCCCAUUUACCGGAAAGGGUAAGCAAGCUAGUGAUCUUUUGGCUCUUAUUCAUACCGAUGUAUGUAGACCGAUGAAUAGGCUUGCUAGAGGUGAGUAUCUUUACUUCGUUACAUUUACUGAUGAUUUCAAUAUAGUUGGAUAUGUGUAUUUGAUGAAACACAAAUCCAAAUCCUUUGAAAAGUUCAAAGAGUUUAAGAAUGAAGUUGAUAAUUAGUUGGGUAAAAGCAUUAAAGUUCUUCAAUCAGAUCAAUGAGGUGAAUAUUUGCACUAUGAGUUUGCUGACUAUCUUAAAUAGUAUGGGGUUAUAUCCCAACUUAC